AUGGCUUUAGACGCAGAAAACUUCAAGUUUGAGACUCCUCAAUUCGACGCCAGAUUCCCAUACCAAAACCAAACCAAGCACUGUGCUCAAUCAUACAUUGACUACCACAAGUGUGUUUCUGUCAAGGGUGAAGACUUCGAACCAUGCAAGGUCUUCUUCAAGACUUUCACCUCAUUGUGUCCAGUCGACUGGGUUGAAAGAUGGGACGACCAAAGAGCCGCAGGUAAGUUUCCAGUUAACAUGGAUGCUUAG